CUUAACUUGAAAUGCAAUCGAUUUCUAUGUUUAAUGUCAAUUUGUUUUGAAGUUUCGGAGGUAUAGCAAGAAACGUGUGGAACUGAAAUUGUUUUUUUGCAAGUUUCCCCCCAUAAUGCCACGUGGAUUUGCUCAUGGAAAUGUAUUUCGAAAACUUGGAGGUCACCAACGACGGUUGAAACUUCUUAAGAUUCUCGUGAACGCUCUCAUAAAGAACGAAAGAAUCGAAACAACUUUCACAAAAGCUCACGAGACACAGAAAUACAUUCAUAGAUUAAUCGACAUUGCUAAACAGAGCACCAAUGAUGCCUAUACCAAGGACAUGGUGGGAUACUGGGCAGAUGAUGACAGCAAUAAGAGAAAGCUGUUCAGUGUCUUGGUGCCGAGGUUUGCAGAGCAUUCUGGAAAGUAUACACGUAUCGCCAUGCUUCCUACAUGGCACAUAAAAGACAUUGACGACCAUAAAAAGAUGGCAGUGCUAGAGUUAAAGGGAAAUCCACUUCCACCAUUGCCUGUUAAAGAAGAUAACCCACAUACGUUGCAAAAUGUUUUAAUUACAGCAGCAAAAAAUGACUGGAAAGCCGCAAAAAAUAUUCAAUCCGAAAGUUCAAACUGAUUAUACUUAUAAACUGUUUAUAGUAUGUAGCAAAAUAUUGUUUGUUGUGUCUUGAAGUUCUUUGCAAGUAACGUUUCUCUCAAUUUCUCUUUGGGUAUCAUGAUUCAUGUGUGAUUAUUUGGCUCAAAUAAUAUGGAAAAAUGACAGAGUUUUAUGUUUCAUGAAAAUUCUCUUCUUGCAG